ACACGCUUUUCUUUAGUUAACAUUACUAAACAGAUAGAAAACCAAAUAUUUAUACUAAAAAAUCGAAGUCUUAAACAUAAACCAAACCACUCUUCCUAUCACUUGUCACAAAUUAAACACCAUCUCCAUAUAUGGGCUUUGUUGCUGAUGAAGAUGAUAAUCCAUUUGAUCAUCAUAAUAACAAAUAUGAUAUCAACGGCAAAAUCAUGGUCACUGCCUUAAUUUCAAUAUCCAUAAUUAUUUUCCUUGCUACUAUUCUUCGUAUGUACAUUAGAAGUCUGAUUAGAUGUCGCCAGGCUCAAGGCCGGGCGACGCUCUAUACUACUAGAAAUUCUCAAAUUUUCGACGUGACAAGUGUGUCACGAGUUGAGCCACCCAAAAAUAGUCUUGACCCGUCUGUCAUAACUUCACUACCAAUAUUUCUUUAUAAGAGAAAUGACCAUCAUGACAUUGAGUGUUCAAUUUGUUUGAGUACUAUUGAAGAUGGUGAGUUGGUUAGGAUUUUGCCUAAUUGCAAGCACAAUUUUCAUGUAGAGUGUAUUGACAAAUGGUUCAAUUGUCAUUCAACAUGCCCCGUAUGCCGGACCGAGGCGGAACCUCGCCUAAUUCCGGAGCCAAGAGAGGGCGUUGUUAGUUGUAUGCCGCCUUCAGCGCCACCUAUGGACGGUGGAAAUUUGUCUGUAGAUGUGAGUCUUGAAGGGACUUCAUCAUCAGUGAAUGGAUCAAGCUCGAGAUUGAGCUCGUUUAAAAGGAUUAUUCUAAGCAGGGAGAGAUCAUCUCAAGGACUUCAAGUUCAAUCUUGUUCUCGAGGAGAUCGUGUAGAUGAUAUUGAGAGUGGCAGAUCAAGAAUUUAGACGAUGCUCUGAGUUUUGAGUUGAGAAAGUGAAUUCCGCGAGAAAUAUACCUAUACUAGUUUUCGAACGCAUGAAUGAACAUAUAUAGAGAGCUUGAAUUAAAUGGUUUUAUGCAUUACGUAUGAUUGAGAUUAAUAAUUUGGUUUUUAUUCUAAAUUUCAUGGUGUUCUCAAUUUUCUUAGCCUUGGUGAGACCCUCUUCUGCAUUUUGCUUCUACAUACAUACAGUACUACGUGAGACACAAUGGUAAACUACUUUUCCGGCCAUAUAUAUAGCAGUUUUGUAUUGUAUUUAUUUUGCCAAAAGAUUGUACGUUUGCGUUUAUUAUAUUUGAAUUGUAAUUAAA